AUGUUUUCAGAGGAAGAACAGCAUCAAUUGCAAUCCUUUCUGGAUAAUCUCGAGUCAGUUGAUACGGACAUAAAAGAGGGAUCGUCCAAUGUUGCCACUACCAGUAAAUCCAAAUCAAAGAAAGCAGACAAGAAGCGGAUGACGCCGUACGAGAAAAGAAUGCGCUCCCCAUCCACAGAUGAGCAACGACAGCAAGUUACCUCGCCAUCAUCGCCAAUAUCGCUGCCUCAGCAGCAGCAACAGCAGCAGCAGCAAGGACGAUCAAAAGCUGGCAGAGCAAGGAAACCAGCGCAUGAACUACUGUCUGAGGAUCAAAAAAAGGCAAAUCAUAUUGCUUCGGAACAGAAGAGAAGAGCAAAUAUAAGGAUUGGGUUUGAUCAAUUAGUGGAGAUGGUGCCUGCACUUGAUAGUUGUCAUCGCAGCGAGGCAUUGAUUUUACAGAAAUCUGUGAAAUAUAUAAAGGAUUUGGUGCAGGACAAGCAUAAUUUGAGAGAGAGAGUGAGGGAAUUGCAGACAGCGCUGGGUGAAAUACCGGAUGAAGAUGUACGAGUGAUUACAUGA